AGAGUUUAAUGAAACUAAUUGGUGCCUGAGACGCGUCUUUUGAGAAACCAAACAACAUGAUUUGACAACCUAUCCACACUCUUGAGUCUUGAUCCCUUUCCCUCCAUUUGUUCACUCACUUCAAGCAAUACUACUUCCUUACCUUUAUUCGCAUAUCAGACUUAUUUAUUCAUAAUAUCCCAGCUUAAGUUACUAUGACCAGCGAACAGGAUUCACCCAUACAGUCGUCAUCAGCGAUGGAGGUUACAUCACUGGACCAGGAACCAAAACAAGAGCCACAAGAGAAUGCAACCCCGCCAAAGCCUGCACGAGUCUUUGAUGCACGACAGCAGCGAAUCAAUGAGCUUCGACUCAAGUUCUGCGUUAGAGAUGAGUUCCCCAUCACCAAAAACAUGAUCCACCCUGAUGGCACCCUCAACCAAGAUUACUUCCGUCCACCGAAGGGUGCGAAGGCAGAGGUCGCCAGAAAAUGGACAGAAAAGGAGCGUGAGCUGCUGAUCAAGGGUAUUGGGAAACAUGGCAUCGGACAUUUCAGAGAGAUCGCGGAAGAGUUUCUGCCGUCAUGGAGCGGUAAUGAUCUACGUGUCAAGACGAUGAGACUGAUGGGUCGCCAGAAUCUGCAGCUGUACAAGGACUGGAAGGGCAAUGAGCAGGAUAUGGCCAGAGAGUUUGAGCUCAAUAAGGCGAUUGGUCUCAAGUAUGGCGCAUGGAAGGCUGGAACAUUGGUCGCUGAUGACGACGGCUUGGUGGCGAAGGCCAUUGAGGAGCAAUGGCCCAGUGCUGGUAAAGUCCUUGUGGCCGCAGGGUCCGAACAUAAUUCAUCCGUUUCAACCCCACGUAGUGGUGAUAUCAGUGGUGAGCUCAGCGGUGAGGACGUUGAGAUGGAGUAAUAGCAAUAUUGAAACCCAUACAUGUACUUUUAAAUUAAACAACGGGAUCCAAGUUAUUCGACAUCUGGCGCCCUGAUACCGCUACUGCAAUGCUGCGGUUUGUUUUAUUCUUAUCGAAAGAGAUGUGGCGCUCGGUUUUUUUUUUUGUCUACUUUGUCUUUUUAGGUAUAUCUGUUUCGUUCCUGCUAUCUCAUUUGACCUUAGUUGGACAAGACAACAUUGAGUUU